GUGCAGAGCAGCAAAGGUGGGAUCAAGCCGCCCUGGGCGUAGUGUUGACCAUGAUUUUGCUGACACGUUGCCUUAUCUAAGGUCAGAUGCCAAGCAAGCCUCCAGGUGGGUAUCUGUAAGAGAUGCUCCGAGUUCAAGAGAGAAUGCGUCUUCCGGACGGGAUCGAGGACGCGGCGGCACAAGGUCGCCCCAGGGAAUGCAGAACUCCCUCCGCUUCCAGGACCUAGCCAGACCUUCAGCAUCGAUUUCAGCAUGCCAGCCUCGAAGGAACCCGGAGAUAACUUCGAUGAGCUACGAGAUCAGCAUGUCGGCUUUAUCAACGACUUGUUGCCAUCAAGUGAUGAGGAAGACGAUUCUUCCGCGUCAGCAUCAGCUCCGUCUGUUGCGUCGACGUUCAACUUUGCCGACAUGUCAACCCCUUCGUCGGCGUCAAGUGCUAGUCGCAGGCCACUGAGCAACCUGGCCAUGAAACCGCAAUUCAAUCUCGACUCGGCCAAGAAAUUGCUGGAUACAUUCAAGGAAAUGUUGCCGCACUAUCCUUGCGUUGUGCUUCCGGAGGAUGCCAGUGUGAGGUCGAUGGCGAAGGACAUGCCGUUCGUUUUGUUGGCUAUCCUCGCGGCAACCAGCUGCUCAAGUAGUCUGCAAGGACACAGUCUGUACGACGAAGAGUUUCGGAAGGUACUAGGGCUGAAGUUUGUGACUGGUGGCGAGAGGUCCCUAGAGUUGCUUCAAGGCAUCUUGAUAUACUCUGCAUGGUAUCCAUUCCACUUGCGACCUAAAAACCGCCAGGCGUCUCAAUAUCUUCGCAUGGCAACCGAUAUUGUGCAUGAUCUCGACCUCGGCCAGGAAAAGACGAUCCUUGCUCGUGUAGAAACGGGACUCCAUGCCGAGGAUAUAGACAAAAUUCGAGGGUUCAUUGCGUGCUUUUACCUAGUUUCGAUCUACAGUGGAACUUGGCGGAAACGCUCGACCCUGCCAUAUACCCAUUGGGUAGACACGUGCUGUGAUCUGCUGGAAACCCAAAGUCAUCGAGAGCAUGACCACUUACUAGCCUGGCUCAUCAGGCUGCAGCACGUUGUUGAAGAAGUCAACGCACUGCGGGACCAGUACAGGGAGCCCAAUUCCAAAAGUGGCCACCAGCUACAACUGAUACGGAUAGGUCUCGAAACCCAACUGAGAGAGUGGCAAACUCGGAUGCCAAUCUACCUCUCAAUGAUGUCGACCCUCAUGAUGACCAUGAUGUUCACCGAGAUGUAUCUCAUAGCAUGUCCCAUUAUGAACCCCCCCAAGACGAGACCAGCGGGUAGUGGUGAAUUCCCCAUUGAUCCCAUACGACUGAUGGGCACCACACACACACUGCGUGCCUUCCUCGGCUACAUCAACGGCUUGCCCCCGGGCUACACGACCCGCUUCAGCACUGCCGACUGGAACCACUUGAUCUCGUGCAACAUCCUCGCGUUCCGCCUCUCGCUGCCCUUGGAAAUAUGCCCUGACUUUGAUACUGCACUAGCGAGACAGAUUCUUAACUAUAAUUCAUUCCUAGAAAAGUUCUGUACGGAAUCAGAAGCCGAGACGAGUGUUGCGGCCGCGCCGAGGAAGACUGACGCGGGCACAGCGUUUCGCAUUGUGCUGCGCGCCCUAAAGAAAAAGUUUGACAAGAAGAUAGCUGCGGAGGAUGCGCGUGCGGCAGCUAUCAAGGAAAGUCGAUUCGUGCGCGGUUGCCCUAUGUUCGAUGGGAGUUUGGACGAACAUUUAGCACUCUGGGAUGGGCAUGGGCAACUGGAAAGCGCUGCAGAUGGCCAUUCGUACUCCACUGCGCAGACUUCGUACUCGGGAACGAGCUCGGAGGGCAGACCUGGGCCAUAUAAUACUAGUGUUGAUGCGAAUGGAAAGCCGCUGGUUUUCCAUGACUUGUGGGCGACCAUGACGAUGGGUUGGGCCGAUUGGGAUACUUCGGAGUCGGACGUGAUUGGCACCGAGGUGACAGGUAUUGAUUCCUCUGGUUUUUUGUAAACGACACGGCAUGUUCUAGAGUUGAAUAAGCAAAAUUAUUAGUAUAUACGCAGUUUCCCAUUUUCGCCCAAGGUCGCAGGGUGAUAUAUUCUGGACUCGGGGGCUUAAUGAAGAAUAGAAGGGGAAACUGCCUACACAGCCAAGUCGAAACCCAUUGUGUCGAGUGGUGUUGCAGACUCAAAUAUGUACAAUUGAGUGAAUUAGAUGCCGAAUCAGUCAGAUGAGGCGAGGCUCGAGUUACGGAAGGCGGAGAGGGGCAAAGACGAGACAGGAACGGGAGACAAACAAUCACGAGAGAGAUAAAGGGAUUAUGAAGGUAGACAUACAUGUGGCCGACGCACAUCGCCGAAGCAGGAUACAUAUGGAAACCACACUCAAGUGCGAUUAACCUUGCGCAUGAAGUGAGUUAGGUGGAGGAAGGAACAACAAGUCGCCUCUGGACGCCGAACCCACUCCAGAGGACCUCGUCAGCGCAUCAAUUUAAG